GCGCGGAGAAGGAGAGCGCCGUAAAGCGGGAUGUUUUGGACAGGGGAGGUCAUUGGAAAGUGAGGCUGUGGGGUUAAAUUCAGGGCGCAGAAGUACCUAGGUGUCAGAUAUUCUGAUACCAGAGACGCCUCUCUUGUACCCGGGCUAGUUUUCCUCAAGUGACUCGAGGUAGAAAUGUUGCGUGUAGCGCUGAGACUGAGGCCGGCGCUCAGGGUUAGCCGCCCGGGUGUCCUCUCAGGCCCGGCCGCUGCAGCUCGCUCCGGACCGGUACCGUGCCACAGGAGCCGCUCUUACGCAGUCCGGGCUCUGAGUUCCGGCAGACAUGUUCAGUACAGCUUCCUCAACUGCAGAACGCGGGCCUUACAAACACAAAAUGUCGCUUUCAGUCAGAGCAAAAGGGUCUGCAGCCUGCCUCCUCACCAGAAGGUGACGCUCCCUGCUUUAUCUCCCACCAUGCAGUUGGGCACCAUCGCUCGCUGGGAGAAGAAGGAGGGGGAUAAAAUUAACGAGGGAGACCUGAUCGCUGAGGUGGAAACAGACAAGGCCACUGUAGGAUUCGAAAUGCUAGAGGAGUGCUAUCUGGCCAAGAUCCUGGUACCGGAGGGUACAAGAGACGUGCCCAUUGGAUCAGUCAUCUGUAUUACUGUUGAGAGCCCUGACCUCAUCCCAAUGUUUAAGGACUUCACUCUGGAAAAACUGGCCGCCUUAACUCCAGCAGCAGCAGCACCAGCUGCAGCAACUCCACCUCCAGCAGCCGCCUCCUCAGCUCCAUCUCCUCCACAAGCCCCUGGCAGCUCGUAUCCACCACACAUGAAGAUUCUUCUGCCAGCUCUUUCCCCCACUAUGACGAUGGGAACAGUCCAACGCUGGGAGAAGAAAGUGGGAGAAAAAUUGAAUGAAGGCGACUUGCUGGCUGAAAUUGAGACCGAUAAGGCUACAAUUGGUUUUGAGGUCCAGGAAGAGGGCUACUUGGCUAAGAUCAUGGUGUCUGAGGGAACCAGAGAUGUCCCUCUAGGCACCCCUCUGUGCAUCAUGGUAGAGAAAGAGUCUGACAUUCAGGCGUUCGCUGACUAUGUGGAGACCGGCGUGGCUGCUAGCCCGCCUCCAGCUCCUGCACCGGUGGCAGCUCCUCCUGCUCCGUCUGCCCCAGCAGCCCCUGCGGCGGCCCCGGCUGCUGCUCCUCCAGCUGCUGCUGCUAGGAAGGGCAGAGUGUUCGCAAGCCCUCUGGCCAAGAAACUGGCUGCUGAGAAAGGGAUCGACCUCGCACAGGUCACUGGCUCUGGACCAGAUGGCAGAGUAACCAAGAAAGACAUUGAGAACUUUGUCCCAGCCAAGGCAGCUCCUAUUGCAGUUGCUCCUGCUGCACUUGCGCCCGCUCGUGCUCCAGCAGCUCCAUCUGUACCCACUGGCACCUUCACUGACAUCCCCAUCAGCAACAUCCGCAGGGUGAUUGCACAGAGGCUGAUGCAGUCAAAGCAGACUAUUCCUCACUACUAUUUGUCUGUGGAUAUCAACAUGGACCAGGUUCUGGACCUCAGGAAAGAGCUCAACGUGGAGGUGAAAGCAGACAACAUUAAACUGUCAGUGAAUGACUUCAUCAUCAAGGCAUCAGCACUGGCAUGUUUAAAGGUUCCAGAGGCCAACUCCUCCUGGAUGGACACGGUUAUCCGACAAAAUCAUGUGGUGGAUGUUAGCAUUGCAGUCAGCACAUCCAACGGUCUGAUCACUCCCAUUGUGUUCAACGCUCAUAUUAAAGGCUUAGCAGCUAUCAGUAAAGAUGUAACUGCUCUGGCUGCUAAGGCACGUGAUGGCAAGCUCCAGCCACAUGAAUUCCAGGGUGGCACCUUCACAGUCUCCAAUCUGGGCAUGUAUGGCAUCAAGAACUUCUCUGCCAUCAUCAAUCCUCCUCAAGCCUGUAUCCUGGCAGUGGGAGGCUCAGAAAAGAGGCUGCUGCCGGCAGACAAUGAGAGAGGGUUUGACGUGGCCAGCAUGAUGUCUGUGACUCUGAGCUGUGAUCACCGGGUGGUGGACGGUGCGGUCGGGGCACAGUGGCUGGCCGAGUUCCGCAAGUUCCUGGAGAAACCCGUCACUAUGCUGCUUUGAGGUGCUGUCAGCCUAAAAUGCCGAACUCUAAGAUCAAAGGAGGUCUCUCUCAAAUGUUACACACUCGGGAUUGUACUUUAUUUUUUUCAUUUUUUUAUUUUUAUUUUUUUUGGUCCCCACUUUUUCAACCCCUCACUCUCUCUCAUUAUUCACCCCCCCAUGGGUACUGUAUUUAAAAAAAUAAAUAAAUAAAAAAAUAAACAUUAAAACGCUCUAACGUGUUAGGAUCUGGAAUAAUCUCUCAACCCAGAGUGGUCCGUUAUUUUAGAUCUGUUUGACUUUAGGAAGGGCUGUUGGGAAAAAGUCUGUGUGUCAUAAAUUCAAGGGGUCUCUAUGAAGAUUUUGAUGCUUUUUACCCCUCGCCAUAGUUUCAGAAUUUCUCUAAAAAUGGUACAUUGGAGGAUGUUCUGGUAUAGAAUGAAGUGCACUGUUUUCCUAAGAAAGAGAUGAAAUACUCCCAUCUGUCCAUUUGUGUGCCAAAUCAUCUUAUAAGAAGGUUGUAAUGCUGUAUGAAUUGGUCAUCAGUUCUCUCUGUCGUUUAUGUAUAAAUUUGAACCUGACACUCAUACACAGAUCUUUUUUUAAAAGGUUACCUACACUUCCUGAGUAACAAACAAUGGUUUCCUCUCUGGUGACCUGUAAAAGCUUUUGACUCAAAUGCUGGUAGUCUUUAUUUAUUACAUAAAGAUUUCACUCCAGACAAAGCACACUAGUGCCUUUGCUCUGUUCCUAUUACUGUCUCUCUUUUUUUUUUUUUUUUUUUUUUGUUUUGUUAAUGUGGCAAUAUUUUAACAUCUUUUUCUGUAUUGAUAACGCACAAACAUGCAGAACCGAGUGAAUUUAAAAAAUAAAUAAAUAAAAAAAAAGAUCCCAAAACUGAAAUGCAACCUUGAACUGUAAUAGUUGUUUAUGGAUUCAUGAUGCUCUGAGAGAGUUUAUUCAAGCCAUGAAGACAUGGUGGGCACAGAAAGCAAGUGUGUAAAUCAAAUAAAAAAAAAAAAAAAAAAAGACUUAUGAUGUAGUAAAAGGAAAAAUGACUAUAAUGUUGCAUAUGAAAAAUAAUAAAAGAAUGUACACAAAGUU